UUGUUAAAGCAUUGUUUACGUCUGUCGUGAAAGUAGGUCACAGGAAAGUGUGACAGUUAGCUGGUGGACAGACCCCGAUUGCUUUUACAGAUACGUACAUUACAGUGUCAUUCCAAAACCUUCAGGUAUACGAGACUCCAGCGCUCGCAGUGGUGCCCCUGAAAGACAGGUGCAGAGGCUCCUGGUUGGCAUGUCGAGGCGGAGCAGAAACAGCAGGGCAUGGAGGUACGUAUGGAGUGGAAUCCGACGGGAUGCAGAUGCAAGAGCGCUGGUGCUUGCCUCCGAGAAUGAGGAGUGGGGUUAUGAUCGCCAGCAGUACAGUGACUCUGAUUCUGAAGCCGAGUAUCCAGCCAUCGUUCCGGCGGUUCCGAGCGCAGUGCCUGUAACCGGAGAGUCAUACUGCAGCUGUGAUUCACAGAUGGAGCUCAGCUGUAACCCACGGCUCCGGGGUUACACACACCUGCGAGACUGCCACUGUGGAGAAGAUGACCAAGAUUUUGAUUGGGUGUGGGAUGAGGGCAGCCGGUCAUCUGCCACGCUGCUGAGCUGUGAGAACAGGAAAGUGAGCUUCCACUCGGAGUAUAGCUGUGGAACGGCAGCCAUUCGCGGCUCCAAAGAGCUCUCAGAGGGACAGCACUUCUGGGAGAUUAAAAUGACUUCCCCAGUCUACGGCACAGACAUGAUGGUUGGUAUUGGCACAUCAGAAGUGAAUCUGGACAAAUAUAGACACACAUUCUGCAGCCUGCUGGGUAAAGAUGAAGACAGCUGGGGUCUGUCAUAUACAGGUCUGUUACAUCAUAACGGUGAUAAAGUGAGCUUUUCAUCACGUUUCGGACAGGGUUCCAUUAUUGGUGUUCACUUGGACACUUGGCACGGCACCCUCACCUUCUACAAAAACCGCAAGUGCAUCGGUGUAGCAGCUACAGAGAUGAAGAACAAGCAUGUUUUUCCGAUGGCGUGUUCCACCGCGGCCAAAAGCAGCAUGAAGGUGAUUCGCUCGGUGUCCGCUCCCACCUCUCUACAGUACCUGUGCUGCUCACGCCUCCGCAAGCUGCUCCCGUCUGGAGUCGAUGCCCUCCGAGUCCUGCCCCUGCCGCCCGGCCUCAGACACCUUCUUCACUCCAAACUGGGAUGGGUGCUAAGCCUGGAUCAUAUGCUCACGCACUCGAACACACACACCCCGCCAGGACCCUCCUCGGGCAGUGACUCUGAGGGCUGCUCCUCAGACCCCGAGGCCUGUCAGCGGAAACGUUGCCGCUGGACCUGAGACAGGCUCCGUGUGCACGUCCAUUAUGCAUCAUCAUGCACACAUCAGAAAAUGUCUCAACAAAUUAAAAUAAAAAAGAACCAACAUAUAAACACAGGGUGGAUAACAGGGCUGGCUGAGUAUCUUCAAGGUCAGUCAAGCCUGAUUUACUAGUUCCAUCGCUGGUAAAUAUUCAUUUUCGAAGGCUUUAAAAGUAGUUUGCUCCAUCAGGUGACAUUUGGAUAUAUAUUACAGUAUUUGUAGUCAGUUUUUAUGAUGACAUGAACUCCCAGUGGAAUGAGGACCAUCAGCUCUUCAGACAAAAGCAAGAUAUGAACCUGUUCUGAUCUGGGGAACUAUAUCUGAAUGCAGACAAACACACACUGUUUGCAUUCACACAAUAAACCCAAAUAAUUCAGUUUGAGUCAACUGUACAUUUCUCCAUUACUGCCGUCACGUGGGGGCAGAAAAAGUUACCUGAUCUCCUCUGAAGUAAUGGAUAUUCAUGUCUCUCGAUUACAGACCAGUCAGAUAUCUCAGCACUGCAGAGUGUCAAGUUCUGUUUUCUCUGUAUGAUUGAACGAUCAUUCUAUGUUUUUACUUAUUCUUAUUUUAUCAAACAACUUGGACUUAACAACACAACAGUGACGUCAUGAUGAAUAUUGUAUGCAUAAAUGUGUUUGAAAUACCAUUAUAUUGAAAUGGUGAGAAAAAAAGCCUGUGUAUUUUGACAGUUCUUGUCUCUAGGAAUUACUUUGGGCCCUAGUUGUGUUUAUGUGUAUCUGAACCGUAUUACCAUAGAAAGUCUAUUUCUCUGGAAAUACUUGGAUGCAGUUGUCGAACUGACUGAUGCUAAGUGGAGGUUGAUUCAUGUUCAAUCUGUGCAACAUCUCUACGUGAGGUUCAUAUUGAAUUCAUAUGGGGUUUAUAUUGCAGAUUUUGUAAUUCAUUGUUUUAAAAAAGCAAGUCAUGAUUUUGUUAUGCAUAAAGCACUUUUUGCGCUUGUAUGUAUGUAUGUAGAGAUAUAUACAGGUCCCUAUGCUGUGUUCUAGGCGUAUUCACUCUCUGUCUUCUCUCUUCCUUCUCGCUUCUACACCAUACAUAAAGCAUGGCCUUUUAUAUGAGUCAAGAAUAAAAAAAAUAUGGGAAAUUAUAUAUGCAUUAAAAACGGGGCUGAAUA